GGCAUAUUUUCCUUUCUAAAAAAAAAAACUUAUUCAUUGAAUAUACUAAUUCAACCCUUGCCCCCUCCCCCUACUUGAAGCAAAUUAGGAAGAGUUGUUGUUCCAGCUAUAUGUAGCCAUAUAGCAGGAUCUCUGUAUCUAGCAAAUGGUAACAUUAUGACAAGGGCACUUCUAACUUCUUUAAAAGCACAAAAUACUUUAGGAAUCUCUGCUGAAAUUCGCACAGGUCAUAAUAGCUUAUGGGUUGUGUUCACAUAUACUGGAAUCUAGGAUGUGGCAUUCUCCAUCAUAUUUCUUUCUUUUUGUUUAGGAAAUGACAAAAGUGUGCCAAGAUUCUUGAUUAGAGAAGUGGAAUUUAAGAAAAAGGAUCUAGCUAGGCUCAUGUUUUCGCCUGAUCAAGAAAAUCAUCCGUCAAAAGCACCAGUGAAGUAUGGUGAACUGAUUGUGUUGGGAUAUAAUGGCUCCCUGCCAAAUGGAGAUAGAGGAAGAAGAAAAAGCAGAUUUGCUUUAUUUAAAAGACCUAAAGCAAAUGGGGUGAAACCUAGUACAGUGCAUAUUGCCUGUACACCUCAGGCAGCAAAGGCAAUAAGCAACAAGGACCAGCACAGCAUAUCCUAUACCUUGUCUCGAGUUCAAACAGUGGUGGUUGAGUAUACGCAUGACAGCAGCACAGAUAUGUUUCAGAUUGGGAGAUCAACAGAAAGUCCUAUAGAUUUUGUAGUGACAGAUACUGUUCCUGGAAGCCAGAGCAAUUCAGAGACUCAGUCUGUUCAGAGCACCAUCUCAAGGUUUGCCUGCAGGAUAAUAUGUGAACGAAAUCCUCCUUUCACAGCAAGAAUAUAUGCUGCCGGCUUUGACUCCUCCAAAAAUAUCUUCCUAGGGGAAAAAGCUGCCAAGUGGAAAACACCUGAUGGACAAAUGGAUGGGUUAACCACAAAUGGAGUCCUUGUUAUGCAUCCACGGAAUGGGUUCACUGAAGACUCAAAGCCAGGGGUGUGGAGGGAGAUAUCUGUAUGUGGGAAUGUGUUCAGUCUUCGUGAAACAAGAUCUGCUCAGCAGAGGGGGAAAAUGGUUGAAAAUGAAACCAACCAACUUCAAGAUGGUUCACUGAUUGAUCUCUGUGGAGCCACACUUUUGUGGCGUACAGCAGAAGGACUUUCACACACUCCAACAGUGAAGCACCUGGAAGCUCUCAGGCAGGAAAUCAACGCAGCCCGGCCUCAGUGUCCUGUAGGCUUUAACACAUUAGCCUUUCCCAGUAUGAAGAGGAAAGAUGUUGUCGAUGAAAAGCAACCCUGGGUUUAUCUGAACUGUGGCCAUGUGCACGGAUAUCAUAACUGGGGGAAUAAAGAAGAAAGAGAUGGCAAGGAUCGGGAAUGUCCAAUGUGCCGGUCUGUGGGUCCAUAUGUGCCUCUCUGGCUUGGAUGUGAGGCUGGAUUUUAUGUGGAUGCAGGGCCUCCAACUCAUGCAUUCAGCCCAUGUGGACACGUGUGCUCAGAAAAGACAACUGCCUACUGGUCUCAAAUCCCUCUUCCUCAUGGUACCCAUACUUUUCAUGCAGCAUGUCCAUUCUGUGCACAUCAGCUUUCUGGUGAACAAGGCUACAUAAGACUUAUUUUCCAAGGACCUCUUGAUUAAUGUACACGCAUUACUAAAGGACUGUAUCUAAAUGCAUAAGCAUAAGCUAAAGAAUUCUGAUUUCAAAUGAACUGUUGUCUUAAAAUCAACUAUAUUUCUUCUCUGGGCUUUGACAGUUUACUUUGAGAUGAAGAAUACUUUUAUUAAUAUCAUCAUUAUUUCAGCGGUUAAGUUCUCUGUAGAUAAUGAAAGAAGUUGCUAUGUAGAAAAGACUGGUGGUGGGUAGGUAGGAUAGAUGGAAGGUAGUUACAGGCCCAUCUUUUUUUUGAGAUGGAAAUGAUAAAAUUCUUUGCCUUCAUUGUAAUGUUUUGAAUAACAUGCCUUUAAUAUCUGAAAGAUAUCUCUUUUUUUGUAAGUACAUAUCUGAGGGUAAAAGUGAUCAGAAGGACAUAUGUUUACAGCUUGGAUGCAAACAUGUAAAAUAGAGCAAUCUGUAUAUUAACUCCUUUUUCUAUUUAUCUUUACUAUGAGUAAUUAUCCUAGAUGACUUGGAUAGAGUAGCAGGGUAGUGUUGUUACAUCCAUUGAUGGGAUGUGUAGAUUAGUUCUUGACCAGAAAAGUUAGGAGAAGGGGAAAUGGUAAAGGAGCUUUAUUUUGUAAAAGUCUAAAACACUAUUGAGCUGAUGGCUAAGCAGGAAGUUAUAAAACUCAAAGCAUAUUACUUUUAUAUGCUUUUUAAAAAGUCCUUAAUUAUACAUCAGAUAAUUCAGAUAAACACUUUGGUGUUUCUUUUUCUCUGUCUGAUGGAAAUGUAACACCUGGUCACAUAACAUUUACCUGAUACUUGGAAUAUGCAAUUUACCCUCAAUGAAAUUAUUUUCUUCCUCUGUGUUAAAUAUUCUGUGUUUGUUUUGCUUUUAGUUUUUGUUUUGCCUUUUUUU